GUCCAAACACUCACACUUCGCCUUUGCCUUAACCUUCUUCUUCUCUCGUCGACAACAAUGUGGGGAAAUAAGAUGAUUUCUCCAACAUUAGCCACGUCUUACACCAGGGAAUCCAAACCCGAUUCUUGGAACCUGAAGAAAGUUCUACUAAUCUUCUGCAUGGGGUUUUCUGCAUGGGCUUAUCAAACAGCUCUUCCACCACCUCCCAGGAUGGUGGGAUCUCCAGGUGGCCCUUCGAUUACAUCACCAAGAAUAAAGCUUCGUGAUGGAAGACAUUUGUCGUAUAUAGAAUCAGGUGUUUCGAAAGAUACAGCCAAAUAUAAACUGAUAUUCAUCCAUGGCUUCAACUUAAAUAAAUACCAUCACCCAUUUUCCGCCACAGCCUCACCAGCUCUUGUUGAAGAACUAGGGGUAUACUUUGUUGCAAUAGACCGACCCGGUUAUGGAGAGAGUGACCCGGAUCCUAAACGAACUGUGAAGAGCUUGGCAUUUGAUAUCGAAGAGCUCGCUGAUCAUUUGAACUUGGGACCGAAGUUCUAUGUAGCUGGAUACUCUAUGGGUGGUCAAGUUGUCUGGUCUUGUCUCAAGUAUAUCCCUCACAGGCUUGCAGGAGCUGUUCUUAUUGCUCCAGGCAUCAAUUUCUGGUGGCCUCACUUACCUUUAAACUUAACGAACGAAGCAUUUUCACGGCAACUUCCACAGGAUCAGUGGUCUCUGCGUGUUGCGCACUACCUACCAUGGCUGAGUUAUUGGUGGAACACUCAAAAAUGGUUUCCUUCUUUUUCUAUAAUCGAUGGAAACCAUGCUAUUCUUUCUCCCCCAGAUAUAGAAGCUUCAUCGAAGCUAUUUGGUGGCAUGAAUCGUGAUCAGCUACAAGUCAUGCUAUCACAACCAAGACAACAAGGCGAAUUUGAAUCACUCCAUCGUGACUUGAACAUUGGAUUUGGAAAGUGGGACUUUGAUCCAAUGGAUCUUGAAAACCCGUUUCCAAACAACAAUGGAUCCGUUCAUUUAUGGCAGGGUGAAAAAGACCUCAUUGUCCCUGUGACACUACAACGUUAUAUAGCGCAUCAACUCCCAUGGAUCAAGUACCAUGAACUCACUAACACUGGACACUUCAUAGCCUUUGCAGAUGGUGUGAUUGAUUCUAUUCUCAAAGAACUUCUCACCAAAAAGAAUUAGUUUUUACUAUUUGCUCUUUCUACUCUUACCAUUUGAUAUUUUAAUAGAUUGUAUUGAAAAGAAGAGAAUGAUUCAUGUUACAUAUAAUGCAUUAAUGCUAAUAAACGUUUACAAAAAGAACGUGAUUUAAGUAAACUUUCUAAAGCUGUUCAAUGAAACAAAGAAAUCUAAAGAGUAAUUAAAGAUCUUCCCAGACUUUGAAAUCGGAAUUGGAGUUAUUGUGUUGGUUAACACAAUCUUGGCAUCCGAUUAUGAAUGUUGUUCGAGUGGAAUCCAUGUUUACCAAAGCAUGAGCAGUUCCUGAUGGGCUAACAGCAACUGCUACAUCAUCUGCAUAGAGAGUUACUUGAGCGAAACCUUUUCCAAGUGCAGUAUUUUCCAAUCUGAAUAUUGUUCGAGCUCCCCAAAUCAAGAACGUUUCAUUGCAUGUAUGGUGUCGAUGAUUUCCCCUCAAACCACCGGGUUUGAUUUCACCGACAUGAAUUGAAGCACAAAUUAGAGCUCCGCCUGGAAUUCCGGAGUUUAGUG